GGUGAAAUCUCUGGCAGAAAUGCCGCCCUGCCACCUGUGUGUUCAGAGCACGUGGAAAAGGGCUCAGUGGGAGGGGGAGGGGAGAUACGGCCCAGCUGGAGAAGAGGAGGGUCUACCUAGCCCACCAUCCUGGCUUUUUCCCAACCGGGGGAAAGGAAGGCUGUCCUUGGGGCUAAGGCAAGAGGCGAGGAGGGGCUCCGAAAGCUGGGGCAGCGUCUGACCCUCUUUGUCCCUUCCUCAGAGAUGCCUUAUAUGCAACUGUACAAGCGCAGUUCCUGCCAGCCCAGAGAGGUGCUGGUCGACAUCCUCAAAGAACACCCCCAGGAGACUGCCGACUUCUUCAAGCCCUCCUGUAUAGUCCUGCAGCGAUGUGCCGGCUGCUGCAAUGACGACAGCUUGAAGUGCUUCACUGUGACAAAGCGCUCCGUCAGUCUGCAGGUCAUGCGGGUGAACCCUAACACACAGAUCUUGCGGAUGGAAUGGAUGCACUUCACGGAGCACCUGACAUGUGAAUGCAGGCCUCGGAUAGUGAACAGGACAAAGAACGGGAAGAGUCGGAAGCGCAAGAGGAGCCAAGCGGAAGGGGAGCCGAGAGCCAGACUCCCCUUUAUCUGACCAGCCUUUGACUCCAGCAGCCCUUGGAGGUGGAAGGCUCUGGUCUGCAGAGGCCAGCUGGGGUGGCCCUGGGUCCCUGUUC